AUGGACCCCAACUCGCUAUCUGCAUGGAGCAUCCCGCUCACACAGUGGAUUCUUGUCCAGCUCCUGACAGGAUGGACAAUCGCGUUCACACCGCCAUACUCCAAAGUUAGACCGGCUGUCACGGUGAUUGUCAUCGCGCUCGCCUACUCCUUCCAGACUCAGGUCCGGCAAACCUUCGCAGAGACUCGCGCGCGUGGACCCUUAGCAGCCAUGUGCUGGGUGAACGUGCUCAAUGCGAUCGACCUGCUGAUGCUGAGUCGGGUCUCGUUUGACGAGCAAAUCGCAUGGAAGACGAAACUCAACCAAGGAAAGACUGUGAACACAAACAGCCUUUGGAGAAGGCUCAUCUGGUCCGUUGAAAUGGCCUUCAACUACCGUCGCGUCAAUACCCCGUGGCAGAUCCACGCUGUCCCCGCGUUCGAUAAGAACGACGMCGGAUACGUUCCGGACAAGUGGGACUACGUGCGUCGGUGUGCGGCCAAAGUAUGCGGCUCGCUACUUGUGUUGCAUUUCUGCACCAUAGAUGCGGGGGAUGUUCAUCUCGCGGGUAUGAUCUCCGAGAUUUCAGACUCAAAGAAGGUGUUACUGCCUACCUGGGAGGAAUGGACGGCGCGUCGCGCGAUCGUCCAAACACUAUUCACCAUCUCUUUUGGAUUUGUCAUCCGAGCGGCUAUCCUGGGAAUGUAUAACCUCCUCGCCAUGGUCUUCGUCGCUCUAGGGGCGUACGAGCCCGUCGAGUGGCCGCCGAUCUUCGGCUCCUUGAGCGAUAUGCACUCGUUGACGCGAGUUUGGGGCAUCGCCUGGCAUCAGAUCCUGCGCAAGCUGGUCACAUCCAACGCGGAUUUCCUGCUUUUCGACGUCCUGCGGCUCCCGCAGGGGAUUGUCGCCAGGACUCUCCGGCUGAUCAUGGCGUUUGCCACGUCGGGGUUAGUCCACUUUCUCAUGGAUCUGGGCUUCGGGGUAUCCCUGGACCAAAGCGGAGCGCUGUGGUUCUUCUGUCUGCAGAUUCCGGGCAUCAUGGUGGAAGAUUUGCUGUGGUGGACUUGCCACAGGAUGAUCAAGGGGAUGAAUAACCGUUUGAGAAAGGCUAUCGGAUAUGUCUGGGUAGGCCUCUUCUUUCUAUGGGCGGCCCCCGUCUGGCUGAAUCCGAUUAUCCUGCGGUUGUACCAGGAUGGUCAGAGAAUACCGUCUCCGUUUUUGGUGUUCAGGGGAGUCCUAUUCACUUGA